AUGUGGCUAGACCGCUUCUCGAACGCGUCGACCUCGAACUCAAGCACUCCAAGCCGGUAUCGCUCACCCGGCCCACGACAACCAAGUCAACUAGCACAACCUCAAGGAAAUGGGCUAGGUAUUGGUGUUGGCAGGACAAACUCCAGUACUUCUCUAGAUCUUGGUUUCUCCCCGAACUCGUCCAAUGUUUCCCUCCCGUUGCUCCAGAGGCAACUGACGGCCUCAAAUCUACGGCAAGAGCACAAGCCACCACCAGAAGAUGUGAUAGAUCCAGUCGACGUCUUGCAGCAUAUACUUGGGCCAGCAAGAAGACAUCAGGGUUCCGAAGCACAAGGUGGCCAUGGGUCAGAGCCAGAAGCUGAGAUCGAAUUUAAUGGAUUGAGUCUACAGGACUACAUAGGGCAAGAUGGCGAGGAGAUUACGCCGAAAGUCGUCACUCCUGCUGCCAGACCCAAAGUCGAAAGAAAGGUAUUGGAGGAUUUCCAGACCUCGGUCUUCGCAGUCGAUGCCCUCCUCAAUUCUGUCGAGUCCUAUCUUUCCGAUUUCAAGGCCGAAUUAGGCCAGGUCUCCGCCGAAAUCGAGUCUCUACAAGCCCGUUCGAUUCAUCUCAAUGCGCAGCUUGAUAACCGCCGAAAAGUCGAGCAGUUGCUCGGCCCGGCUGUCGAAGAUAUCAGCUUGUCUCCCCGUACGAUCCGUGCCAUCUCUGAGGGACUCAUCGACGACACUUUCGCGAAAGCGUUAACAGAGAUAGAAGCCAGACAGCUCAAUGUUGACGAGAAAAUAAAGAGCCGUGGCCAAACAAAGGCAGCUGAGGACAUCAAACCCUUACUGGAAGACCUGAAGUCUAAGGCAGUAGAAAGAAUUCGUGACUACCUGGUAACCCAGAUCAAGUCGCUACGCUCUCCGAACAUCAAUGCUCAAGUUAUCCAGCAGCAGUCAUUUCUCAAAUACAAGGAACUAUACCCUUUUCUGGCGAGAGCUAAUUCUCAGCUUGCCAGCGAUAUUGGCCAAGCUUAUGUCAACACAAUGAAGUGGUACUAUAGUAGCAAUUUUGCUCGGUACAAUGCUGCUCUUGAAAAAAUGCCACUCCACAACAUAGAUCAGAAUGACUUGCUGGCUUCUGAACCCACGCCACGAAAACAAAAUGUUCUCGGAUCGUCUAAAGGAUCACAGCCACAAUACGAUGCCUUCAAUCUCGGCCGCCGAGCUGAUUACCUAAAGUUUAAGGACGACAGAGCACUUCCCUCUCAUCUUGCUGAAGACGGCAAGACAACCUCUUACAUAGAAGUCCCUUUCCGCAAUUUCAAUCAAGUCCUCCUUGACAACCUGUCGGCUGAGUACUCCGCUGUGACUGAACUCUUCUCAACUAGCUCUUACCACCAAGUUGCGAGACGUGUUGCAGAGAUUUUCGAGCCUACCUUCACUUUAGGCAACCAUUUGACCAAGCGUCUUAUCGAAACAACGACCGACUGCCUGGGUAUAUUGAUUUGUAUUCGUCUGAAUCAGCAAUAUGCCUUCGAAGCACAACGACGCAAAGUGCCUGUCAUGGACGACUAUGUAAACUAUACUAACAUCCUUCUCUGGCCGCGCUUUCAAAAAGCAAUGGAUAUGCAUGUUGAUUCCUUAAAGAAAGCGCCAACUUCUGCAAACCGCGGAGCUGCCGCAGCCUUUUCCCUCGUUGGUGGUGCCGCCAGCACGUCAAAUACUGUUGCACCUCACCCAAUCACUCAGCGUUUUGGUCAAUUCCUGCAUGGUUUGCUAACUUUGAGCCCUACCACUGGCGAUGAUGAGCCACUCGCUCACAGUCUGACAAGAUUGCGUACUGAGUAUGAGGCGUUGAUGGGCAAGUUGGCGAAAGGAGCUGGAGACGCCAGUAAGCGCAAUCGCUUUCUGUUCAACAAUUAUACUCUUGUCAUGACCAUCAUUAGCGACACACAAGGAAAGUUGGCCGAGGAACAGAAUGAAUAUUUCAGCAACCUAGUCCGAGACUUCAAGACGAGAUGA